UAAAAUACUCCUCUUCCCUGAGCAACAAGCAACGACUGGAUGAUGUGUGGAUGAAGUCUCUAUGAAGGACUAACCUCGCGUGCUCAUACGCGCAAGCGUCGCGUCGGUUUGGGUAUGCACAACGAAUGUGAUCUUGCGUUCCCGUCUCCUCCUUCUCCUCCUCGAGCCGACACUGAGAGGCGUUUCGUCAUGAGUAAAGAGACAGUUUUACCGCAAUGCUAUUUCAAUAGCUCUCCAGCUCUACACGAGAGCCACUGACCCAAGAGGAAAGGGUGGUGCCGCGCACUGGCAUAGUCCAUUGAUCUGGAGUCGGCUCAGCAGACAAGAACCGAGCGGAGCAGGUGUGCGCUUUCAGUCUGGAUUCAGAGCUCCUCUCUCUCGUCUCUGACUUUGAUGGACUUACAUGCGGCGCGUUAACUGCGGUGGAUGACUCCACAUGCGCGUUUAUUGCUCAGGGUGAAAGUGUCCUUCUUCAGAACACAGUUCAGUGGAGAUCUUCAUUAUGAACACAGAUAGCGGAGGACGUGCUUAUAAAAGAGCAUCCCUGUCGCUCACUCUCUGGCCUGUGAAGAGGGUCCAGAGCUCACCCAACCUGUACGCAGCUGCAGGUAGUGAUUCCCAGUCAUCAGAUUCAGAUGCCUGGCGUUCACGUAGUGUGUCUGAAGGGUUAAGGAAUGGAGAUGCCAGUAGCUCGUCCUUGACUUCUAAAGGCUUCCGCAGCGUUAGACCAAACCUACAGGAUAAGAAAUCUCCCACACCGGUCCCCUUGCCGCCCCCUCGGAGAGAGAGCUAUCACAUGACCCCUAGCCCCCCAUAUUACAGUUCCCUUCCAAUGCUGUCAGACACCUCCCUCUCUCCCCCACAGAGUCAUGAUAUAAUUUCCACAGGCUCUUACACCUCCUCGUACUCAUACUCUAAGACCACCCGAACCUCCACUAGUACCCCUGGAGCCCCCCUGGAGGAGCCCCCCUUGUCCCAACAAGCUAAUGCUAACAGUUUUAUCACUCGGGUUCUCGGAAACAAAUUGUCAUCUUCAAAAUUUACCACUGACCAACUAAAUGCAGCACCUAACAAGACAAACAUGAUUAAAACUGACCCUAAGUCUAAAACUAAGCCAAAAAGUGCAACUGCUCCCCCAGCUCAAGACCCUACUGCAACUUCUGAAACACACUUAGCUUCUCUCUCUAUCCAGUUAGUUCCCCGCAGUCCAGAACCCCAAGCAGAGACCCAGUCAGGGUCUGAAAUUGAAUCCAAGAAAAACACAGUGGACCUCGCUGACCCUACGCGAGCCCCUGUUGUACCACCAAGACCAGCGAGCAGUUUGGUGCGUGAGUUUUCCCCUGUAAGAGGGAGCAUCGGGCCGCUCUCUUCUGGACCGCCUUCCCCAGACCCAUCAGCUCGCCGGUCACCGUAUAGCCGGGCCAGUCAGGAUUCCCCUGACUUCCUUUCAGGGCUAUUGCCCAAAGCCCUCUCACUGACACCCUAUGCCCCUCUGGAACGUUCCGGGCUAAUGUCGGCCUCACCUGCUCUGUCACCAGUAACUGUGUCGGCGCUGAGUCAUUAUUCAUCAUCCACGGCUGGGCUGGAGGAGCUGCAGAUCUGCGGCAUGGACUCCUCCCCUGCGGCCACGCCCACCCCAUCCCCCACACUCAGCCACGCCUCCAAUACCACUGACGAGCUUCCUACCGCCCCGUCAGCUGCCACGGGCACUAACGGUCAGAUGGCAGUGAAUGGAAGCUCUCAAUCUCAGAGGCCUUUUUCUCCACCUGUUUACCCACCUCCACCCCCAACCCUCAGCCCAGGACUGGUAAAGAUCCUGCAGGAUCGUAGUUCAGAGGGUUCAGAGACGGUGAAGAGAGAGACUGUUGUCUCUGGUGAGACAGUGGUCAGUAGCUCUGUGCCCAUCGCUCGUUUCUCAGAGGAAGAGAAGAAGGUGUCCAUCAUUAAAGCGCCCCAUUACGAAGGCAUUGGACCAGUGGAUGAGUCAGGUAUUCCCAUCGCCAUCCGAACGACCGUGGACAGACCCAAGGACUGGUACAAGACCAUGUUCAAACAGAUCCACAUGGUUCAUAAAGCAGAUGAUGACUAUGCAGACACAUAUAAUGCAACAUACGCUGUCAUAAACAAAGACCGUGGACAGACCCAAGGACUGACAUUUGAUUUAAACCCAGAUGACAUAGAUUUAGAGAACGAGCCUUGGUUUAAAUUCUUUUCCGAGUUGGAGUUUGGACGGCCGCCUCCUAAAAAGAGGUUGGAUUAUAAUCCUGACUACUCCACACAUGCUGUGGCACAGUCAUCCCUCUAUCUCUUGCCUUCGGAACGACCUGACGGGCCUUCAAGUUCUGCAAGUGACUACAAGAAAAGGCGAAAGUCGGAACCAUCUGUCACUCAAGCCAACACAGGAAGUGAGCAGAAUGCCAGUCAAGUAUUUUCCCACCCACUGGACACUAAUAAAGCACAGACACUGAAGAAGCCCACCAUACGUUCCUCCCCCUGCUCACCAUCCAGACCCAAAGCUGGAGAUGCUAGUGAGUCACUCUCCUCCUGUAUGAGCUCUCCAGGUAUGGAGCGCCCUUCCUCUCGUCUCUCCUCAGACUCCCUCACUAUCUCCACACCAACCUGGCGUGGCUCCAAGCGCUCCAUCUGCUUCAAGAACGGUUGGCAGACAGGCCGACAUGAAGCUGCAGAGACUUGGAGUAGUGUUGACGAUGAAUCUGUUGUGACUCCUUCAUCACCACGGCUCAAAUCACGUAGCUGUGAUGAUUUGUUGUCUGAUGGACAUGGUGCUAGUAAUGGCGGGAGAGCAUCCACUUCUGUGACUACCACUCGCUCUGAAAGUGCAGGUUCAUUGCUCGAAGAAGACGCUCCACAGACGCCUCAAGUAAAAAGUCUUACCUCAUCUCCCAGGGGGCGCCGACAUCACCGCCGUAAGAUGCCACAUGAUACUCCAGGUUUCCUUCAGCUCUAUAAGAAAAUGCACCACAUAGACCGUGAGCAGCUGUUGCCCUCAGAGGUGAUUCGUUCUGUUCGUGCACGGAUCCUUGAGCUGGAACGGCUACAGCAGCAACAGAGGCACAACCUCCAUGGUUGGGCACCUUUCGGUAAUGAGGUACCUCAACACAUGGUCCCAAACCUUAUAUCAGAAUAUGAACAGCUCAUCCAGAAAUCAAAGUCAAUGCCAGACCUUGGUGACGAAAAUGCUCCUUCGGGCACCACCACACCAGGGUCCUCAAGGGCCAGCAGCUGUCCCAAACGACGCUUUUCUGUGGAAUCCCUUUUAGAGGAAGAGGAUCCUCCAGAAAGGGUUCGAAGUCCCCCUGAGGGACAGCCAAAACCGGGACCAGACAGCAGUAGCCUGGUGCCAGUUCAUGGGAAGAACCAGAGGCAUCAAGACUACUCGGACAGUGAGCAGGACGCCUGUGCCUCCGAAAUGAGCGACAUCCACAUAGAAGGAUCUUCACUGUGUAGCGAAAGUGACCUGGAUCAUUGCUCAUUUACCUCAUCGGAGAGCUUUUACGGUUCUGGGCAACAUCACCAUCAUGGACACCAUCACCAUGGACACCGUUACCAUCGCCACCAUCACGUGCACCAGAGUGUCGGUCAGAGUCAAGGUUACCAACACCGCCACCUCAUCAGCUCAUGUAAGGGUCGCUGUCCAGCAUCCUAUACACGAUUCACCACCAUGCUAAAACAUGAGCGACAACAAGAAAGGGCUCGGCAGGAUUCCCACCCUGCCUCUACAUCUCCGCUAGCCCAGCAGUCACCCAGUGAGUCAGGCCUUUCCAAACUGGCCUUCCUGGUCAGCCCUGUGCCUUUCCGCCGGAAACGAGGCUCCCCGCCAACCCAACGACGACAUUGCAGAAGCAGUCGGCCAAAAUCCAAAACUGCAAUUUAUGAGGCUUUAGAUGCCGCUUUGCAGGACAUUUAUGACCACAUAAGGGCAGAAAAGGGGCAGGGACCAGCAAGGAUGCCAGAUGAUAGCAUAUUGCAGCGAUUAUUGCAGGAGUUGAUACCAGACGUGCCCAAGCGUAGCUCCUCCUUGCGGGCUCAGAGAGGGUCCGUCUCACCCUCCUCGCCCCACGUCCACCAGCCUUAUCAUGGAGCCCACCAAUGUGCCUCCUACCAGCAGCAACACCACCAUGCAGAUGCCUCCAACAACAACCAGCAUAAUGCUAAUGCUAAUGUGCACUGCUAUUCAGAUCAGGGCUCUGAUACAGGACGUCUCACACCACAAAACAGAAGACCCACGCCAGAAAGGGAGGUCUCCUCUAAGCAGAUGACCUAUCUUAUAUUGUCUUCUCUCCUCCAUCAGAAACAGUCUGCCAGGGCUAUUUAUGAUUUUAAAGCUCAGUCUGCCAAGGAACUCUCUUUUAAGAAAGGUGAUGCUGUCAACAUCAUCAGACAAAUUGACAGUAACUGGUACGAGGGGGAACACAGAGGACGGAUUGGAAUUUUCCCCAUCUCUUAUGUCGAGAAGGUCGCAUCUCCAGAGCGGAGGCAGCCUGUCAGGCCUCCUCCUCCAGCUCAGGUUCGAGAGAUUGGAGAGGCCAUAGCACGAUACAAUUUCAAUGCUGACACUAACGUGGAGCUUUCUCUUAGAAAGGGGGAGCGAGUGAUCCUUCUAAGGAAGGUGGAUCAGAAUUGGUAUGAAGGAAAGGUUCCUGGCUCAAACAAGCAGGGCAUUUUCCCUGUGUCCUAUGUCGAUGUGAUCAAGGGCUCUCCUUCCAAGAGCCCCAGUCACCAAGGAGACACGCACACAUAUAAGGCACAUAAGUACAAUACAGAGCCCUCCCAUUUGCAAUGUCUUGAUUCUGCCACUGGGACACACUUUCAAACAGUCACUAGUGAAUGGCUGUCCCUCACAUUAGGAGUUUCCACCACUUACCCAUCUUCCUGUGGCAGUCCAGUCCCACCCACCCCUCCUCCAUUACCCAUCAAUCUACACUACACAGGCCCCCAAUCCCCUGCUUCACUUGUGCAAAGGUUCACCCCGCCACAAAACCUUUUCCCUUUUGUGGAUGCAAAAGAAUGCUCCCCUUUUCCUAGCCAAAGACCAAUCACUUCAGAGUCCUCAAAUAUUUCCCUUUCUUCCCAUGAACGUCUCUACAGAGAUAAACUGACAGCAAUAGAUGAACCAGAUACAUUAAUUCCAGUGAAACAGAUCACAGACCAUAAUCAAGAGCUGUUAAGAAUGGAACAAAAGAGUCAUGAUGGUAUAAAGCUCUUAAAAGAUAUGUAUUUAAAGGAGCAAAGCUUGGUACAAAAGUAUGACCCAUCCAGGCUAAUAAAUGAACCUGAUCCAUAUGGCGAGCUUAUGUCGAUGUUUCUGAAAAAUCAACUCUAUAAUGAACUUGAAUUCAGAUUGGGCAAUCGAUCAAAAAGCAUGGCUAAUCAAGAAGCAUUACCUAAUAAGCCACUGUCCAUCAGUCCAAGCCACAAAUCAGAAAAUACACUGGUUAAGCAUCAUGAUAUCCAUAAGAAAAAGGCUGAGCUGCUGUCAGUCAUUUUGAAUAAGAAAACCGAGUUUGACGGUCCAGUAGCUGCUAUAAAGUGGGAGGAACUUCCUGAGUUGUACAUAAAGGAAGAGGAUGAUGAAACAAACAACAGAUCAGGCUUGGAGACUGUUUCAAAAAAAGAGAAAAUGAUGCAGGAUUCUCAGCAUUCAGGUGGUGAGCCCUUCCAAGCUGUGUAUAACUAUGUGCCUCGUAAUGAGGAUGAGCUGGAGCUGAAGGAGGGGGACGUUAUUGAUGUCAUUGAGAAAUGUGACGAUGGCUGGUUUGUGGGUACCUCUCGGAGAACCAGCUUAUUUGGAACGUUCCCAGGAAACUAUGUUAAACCGCUUUAACAAAGAGGAAAUAAUGGCACAAAUACGGCCACUCCAGUGCCUACUGUGUAGGGCCAAUGAGGCACCUCACCUUUGAGAACGUGUGUGUGUCCAUAUGUGUGAGUGUGUUCACAAACACAACAGUUGUAGCUCUGCCAUGUCCGCACAGACAAACCACUGAAGUUUAUUUCACUUUGAGCACUUUGUUUUUGUGCCAUCACACAGUCUCCUUGCUGUUCCUUCGUCUGCUAUUCUGACAACAGCACAUUCAUCAAUGUUAUUUUGUUCAUUUCCAGGAUGCGGUAGCUCAGAGUUAGUACGGUGAGGAUUCAGGCAGUCUCGGUAUUGAGUGAAGUCAGUAGAUCAGUAUGAAUGAUACUGAGAAGAAACCUCAGGCAUCAGUGUUGAACUGAGUGUGUGUGUGUAUUAUCUGUGUGUUGUGUAAUAAACAGUGCAAGGUUAAUAGCAAUAGAGACCAUUGGUUAUAGAUGAGGAUUGAUAGUUUCAUUAAAAUGAGCUAAAGGCAAUAUCAUGGACAAUUAUGAAAUUGCUCAUUCCCCUUGUGUGUGGCCAAAAUUAACAAGUGAUAGGAACAGAUGUGUUUUAACCAUUAAUUGUAUAGAUAACAAUACUUUUCCCAUACAGAAUUACAAAAUAACUGUCAUGAAGCAAUUUUGUUAUUGUCUAAGUGGCAAUCAUUCGUAUAGGAUACUGUUCGUAUAAUUAUCAGUGCAUUGUGGGUAUUUGUAUAAGUUGUCUUUAAAAAGAAAGUGCAUUGACAUUCUGGAAAGGAAAUAUGCUUUUAUUGAAUUUGGUACUUUGGAACUUUUUUCUAAUGUUUACUUGAGAAUUUUUCGGAACGGACUGAUUUUUAGAAUUGUGAGUGAAUCACCUGACUUUAAUACAGUAUAAAAACAUGUCAAUUAAUAUUGAAUCAUUGCUCGUUUUAGUAAUGAAUGGCAACAAUGUUAAAAGGUGAGCCUGCUAUGAUGUUUAAUUGUUUUAUUUGUUAACCUAAAUUAAUUUAUCUAAAGCAUUAUUUUCUCCUUUUUUUUAAAAAAGUUUGAUCUCUGAGAUAAAACUGAAAUGAUGCAAUUUAUCUGCCACGUUUCUCAUGAGUUUUCAAAUUGCAUCAUAAAAUGCAAUAGAGAGAGAUGUUGGUCUUUGAUGAAUGUUUGUAUGCUUGGCUGGCGUUCAAAAUGUUUUAGUUUUUGAAGGAUUUGUAUAUCAGUAUUUUCUGUAUCACUUUUUGUGUUCUCAUCUGAAAGCAUAGCUUGUGUUGCAUCAGCUUUUCCAAGUACGUAUAUUCAGUAUAUGGAAAAGGGUGUCUAUGAAUUUCACAGACAGCAGAGAAAUCUUAAAGCACCUUAAACAUUUAUUAGUUCUAUUAUUUUAGUUUUCUUUAAGGUUGAAGUGUGUAAGAAUGUCAGUAAUGAAAUAUUGUUGCAUUUAGUUGCUUAAUAUGCAGAGCGCUAUGAGGAAACCUUUUUGUUGACUUGAGCACAAUCAGUGGGCGGGGCUUUCUGUUUGGCUGACCAAUAGCAGAUGGGAAGGAAACCUGUUUGAAAACAAUUGCAAUUUUGUUUAAUAUGCAGAAAUGUCACACUUCAGCUUUAAAUAUUCUAAUCACACUGUUUGCAUUUUCCAGCUUCAUGGCUGUGCUU